AUGGCAGUAGAACCGAUAUUGAGCACGCGCCCACAGCAGGCGUUCAUUCUUACCAUCGUCAUCCAGGCGAUCAUUGUGCUCGUCCUCAUCUCCGUGACGUUCAGACUGGUCGGGGAGAAUGUUGACCUUACGGACAAUCGAUACAAAACUUUACCAUGUUAUCUCGCCCUAUUCAUCUAUGCGGAGCUGUUUGAGUUGUUCAUGGCGUUCGACGCGCUGAGGUUACGAAGCGUCAUCCAGCUAUUCGGAUUGGCAAUAUUCCACCUCGGGAUGAUUGUCUUCGCCGCAAUCGAAGUGCACGAACUUAAAGCAGCACUUGUCAAGAAUCCCGGCUUGUACAGCACAGUCAAGCCCCUUGUCAUCACCGCACCAUGCGUGAUUGCUGCGUCCCUGAUCUCGCUCGGGUGGUGGGUGUACAAAUUGUAUUGGGAGUUCGGUUGGGCGGUAUUCCGCGUUGUGGGCGCGAACCCCUACAUGAAGACGAUGUAUCGCUUCUACCAGAUUCUGCUGUGCUUGUUGAAGUUCGACUUUUUCGCGUUCACGUCGGUCACCAUGAUGUUGCUUAUCAUCGUACUCAAUACCGAUAGCGCCGAGUUUGGGUUGACAAUUGCCGCCAUACCUGUAGUCAUCGUCCUCCUCGUGCUCUGCGCCAUCGCUGUCCAGCGCGAAAUCAGGUGGAUCAUGGUCGUCUCAUUGAUAUUGAUGCUUGCCGCGGAGACAUACUUCGUCUUCAAGCUCGUGCGCUAUUACUCCCCAUCAACAUCAGGACAGUACCUCUCCACCCGCGCCACAAUCACAACAUUCACGAUCAUCGCCUUCCUCCUGUUAUUGGUCUCUUUCGGCAUUGGUCUCCGUUGUCUGGCCGACUUUGACAAGGGCUUGAAGGAAGCAAAGACCACGGGUCAGUUACAGCACUUUUAUGCGCCGUUGUUCAGGAGAGGAAACAGCUCCACACUCGGCGGCAGCCGCGAGUCGAAGCACCUCGCGAACGAGCCGCUCGAGGAGCGUAUGUCCAUCGAGUGA